GUAUUCUAGCUUGCCAUUCUAUCUCCCAAGUCUCAUUGACAGGAUUGCAUUCAUCACAUAUUGCUAUUUCCUUCCGGCAUCAUGCCUCUUCUUCUUGCGUCUCCUUCACCGUUAUCAGUCAUCCAUCAUGCUCAAAUUUCCUCAUCAGAUUCGACGAAGCUCAGUGGCGCGGAUGCCGAUAGCCCGGUCGAGCCCACCGUUGUUCCUGUGGAUGAGUUUGACAUGUUUGAUCCCUUGAGUAAAUGGUUGGAUGGUCAUGCUGAUGAUGCUGACAGUAAGCUGGAUUGGCUAAGGUCACAGAUCAUUGGAGCUGAGGCUGAGUUCGACUCCCCGUUUGGUCGGCGCCGCAUCACAUACUCGGAUCACACAGCUUCAGGGAGGUUCUUGCAGUUUGUGGAGGAGUUUCUUCUGCAAAAUGUCCUUCCGUUCUAUGGGAACACUCACACUGUGGAUAGCUAUGUGGGCCUCCACACCAGCAAGAUGGUCCACCAGGCCUCCCAAUACAUAAAGCACUGCAUGGGAGCCGGCCCGCAAGACAUCCUUCUCUUCUGUGGCACUGGCUGCACUGCAGCAGUCAAACGGCUGCAAGAGGUGAUGGGCAUCACGGUGCCAUCUAUCCUUCGUUCAAUGGUCCUCAGCCAUCUCCCACCUUCGGAUCGGUGGGUUGUAUUCUUAGGCCCGUAUGAGCACCAUUCCAACCUGCUGUCAUGGCGCCAGAGCCUGGCCGAAGUAGUCGAGAUCGGGCUUGAUGAAUUAGGGCACAUCGACCUUGCAGCCCUCGAGGCAGCCCUCGAGUCCCCGGAGUACUCUAGAAGACCUAAGCUUGGUUCUUUCUCAGCUUGCAGCAACGUCACCGGUGUGCAAACCGACACACGUGCCAUUGCACGGAUGCUUCAUCAGCAUGGCGCCUAUGCAUGCUUCGACUUUGCAUGUAGCGCGCCGUACGUGAACAUCGAGAUGAAAUCCGGCGAGGUGGAUGGCUACGAUGCGGUGUUUCUGAGCCCACACAAGUUCAUUGGUGGACCUGGGAGCCCUGGCAUCCUUCUGAUGAAUGAGGCCCUCUACCGGAUCAAAGGCAACCCUCCCUCCACCAGCGGUGGAGGCACCGUUCUAUACGUCAGCGGCCACGAUGUAAAGGACACCGUGUACUGCAAGGACGUGGAGGAACGGGAAGACGCCGGUACGCCGGGGAUCGUCCAGAAGAUUCGCGCCGCGCUCGCGUUCCGCGUGAAGGAAUGGGUUGGAGACGUAGCGAUCCGCGAGAGAGAAGCUCUCUUCGUGCGACGAGCCAUGGAGCGGAUCCGGCAAAACCCGAAGGUGCGGGUGCUGGGGCACGUGUGCGAUGACGAGCGGCAGCCGAUCGUGUCGUUCCUCGUGUACCCGGACGGGACGCGUGGCAGGCACCUGCACUGUGGUUUCGUGACCAAGCUGUUGAACGACCUGUUCGGGAUCCAGGGACGUGGCGGGUGCGCGUGCGCCGGGCCAUACGGUCACGUGCUGCUCGGGAUCGAUCGGGCCCGGUCCAAAGCCAUCAAAACCGCGGUCGAGAGGGGAUAUGAAGGGGCGAGGCCAGGGUGGACCCGGGUUAGUUUUGCAUAUUAUGCCUCGUGGGAGGAGAUGGAGUUUGUGGUGGAUGCAAUAGAGUUUGUGGCAGAGUGUGGCCAUCGAUUCCUUCCUCUAUAUAGCUUUGAUUGGAAAACUGGUCAUUGGGAAUAUGCAGGUGCUGGACAUGUCUUUCCGAUAGCAAAUGGAGGAGGCCAUGGUGGCAAGAAUUAUGAAGAUUAUAUCGCUACUGCUAGAUGUGUUGCCAACUCUGUACCAAAUUUAUCGGUGGACAGAAACAUUCCGAAAUGCAUUGACCCUCAAUUACUGAACUUUAAGAUAUGAGUGCAUUAUGUGGUCGAGAUCUUUCUUCGGAGGCUUGUGGCCAUUCGUCGUCAAGAGGGGAGAAGAAAAUGAAGAAAAAAAAGAGGACUAACCUCUUUUUCAGUUGGUGCAUCGACGUUGGCAUCAUCACCGAAGGAAGCACGGUUUUUUCUCUUCAAUUCUAAUUUUUUGAGAGUAGGGUUCACUAGAAGAGAGGAUAACUCGAGAAAAGAAAGAGAAGAGAGAGGAGAGAGGAGAGAGGAGGGAGGCCAUCAGAUUUUUCGAUGAAGAGCCAAGCCAAUCGAGAGGGGAGAGGGAGGAG